AUGGCAAACCCUUCAUCAGGUGAUGGCGCUGGCUCAGCAGGAACCUCACCCGCCGGGCCCUCCCCCAGCUCGGUCAAACCGUCACCAAAGCCAUCGUCGAACGCGCCGCAUUCCGCCACUCCCACCUCGGCCCAGGCCCAAUUCCACAGGUUCAGGCUGUCUGAAUUCAGUCGUGUCGAGUCCAGCCCUACGAGCGCUUCGCCCGGCGGCCACUGCUCGCGCUUUCGCGUUACUGAUUUCGUCCCAUGGGCCUCGCAGGCUGAUCCUCCCCCGCCGCCUCCACCACCCCUCCGGGCGCCGCAGCCAACGGUGGAAGAUCCGCAUCGGACGGCUCGCCUUCAUCCGCUACGACUCCGCGGACGGGCAGCUUCUCGGUCAUGCAUAUGGACGUGGAUAAUUCGGGUCCACAGCAAACAAGCAGCUCCGUGGCAGCCGCAGCGGGAUCGACGAGGGGUGUUUUGCAGAAAAUUACAGUGCCCUCUGCUCAGGCGCAGGGAUUGAAGCAAGCUGUGAGUAGUGGUAUCCUGAUUUUGUGGUUUCGUUCUCUUUAUUUUUACAGCCUUACACUUGCUUUCCUCCCUUCCCUCAGGCAAUUUUGCAAGGGGAAGGGGAUCGGAAAAUUACACGUUUGUCUUGGAGGGAUGUUUGCGGGCACUUUGUGCUGAUUUUGGAGCCGCGGUUUGCACAGCUACCGGUUCACCCGCGGCCUCUCGCCCCCUCUCCGAUCAUGACCAAUGGCAUGGUCCCCUAUAACCCUGCUACGGUUCCACAAGAAGCGGUCUGGGAGCUCUCUCGGGUUCUGAAUAUUCUACGUAAUACGGCUCCGGAGGCGGUUGUCAAGGUCAUCUCGGAUGCUCUAAUUAGCUGGCCGAGUGUCUUGGAGGGUAGCCUCCUCCGCCGCAUUGGUGAGAUUUUCCCACCCUUGCCAGCCCCCAGCCCAGGAGCAGUUCCUGGACCAUCCAACAGCGCCGCCAGUCCUCAGGAACCUCCCAAGAAGAAAAAGCGUGGGAGACCGCCCGGGAAGAAGGCCAAGUUGAAUGAUGGCAGUUCUGCAACCGUGCCCAUCGCAGCUAAUAUAGCUACUAUGCCGCCUCCACCGCUGCCGUACAUUGCGCCUGGUCCACAAGCUCAGCCAGCUCCUGUCGCACCGCCACAGCCACCAUCAACCUCCGCCAAGCGCAAUCAGGCAGAUGCGGGGAAGCUGCUACAAUGCACGCGCUGUUUGAAGCAUUUCAACCCCACUUGGAGGGCUACUCCCGCCUCUGAUCCUUCCUCGGAAGCUACGUGCGCGGUUAAGCACCCCUUCAAGGACUUUCCAUCAGGUCUCGAGGUGGUUACUCCUGCUAGGCGUAAGAAUAAUUAUAAGACUACCUGGAAAUGGAGGUGUUGCGGGAGAGAAGUGCAGAGCACGUCGAAUGAGCUGUUGAUGUGGCCGAGGAAGGAGGAUGAUAGGACGGGUGGGUGGUGUUUUGUCGGCAAGCAUACUACUGAAGCUGGAGUGAGGGAGAAGCUGGGACUGAAGCCGGGCAAGGGGAAGAAGAUACAUGGUGAUGCGGAUAAGAGACACAAGGGUGGACAGGGGGGUUCAGGGGAUAAUUCACAGGUGAAUGGAGAGCAGGAGGAUCCGAAGGAAGAGGGGUGGACCAUGCUUCCUGGUGGCGGUAGAAGUAUAGCCGGACCUGCCGGAGGAAUGCAGCAGUACAGCAGGCAUCCACAGCAGCAGCAGCAGCAACAGCAGCAGCAACUUCAGCAGCCACCACCACCGUCUCCUCAAGGGCAGCAACCCGCGUAUCAACAACCACCGCCACAGCAACAACAGCAGCAGCAACAGCAACAGCAACAAGUAGAAGAUUCGCCGGACAGUCCACCAAAGCGCAAGCGCGGAAGGCCAAAAGGGAGUAAAACUCGCAGCAAGGCUAUGCCAAUUUCGACAUCUACGGCUUCAUCUUCUACGACUGCCGCAGCCAAAGACCCCGCACCCUCCACCUCCGCUCAACAACAGCAUCCGCACCGCUCCCACCAACAACAGCAUCGUGCUCAUCCCCAGGACCAGUCCUCCUUCUGGACGCAAUACACUGAACCAACCUCUGCCUCAAGCACCUCUCCCCGCCAUCAACCUCCAACAACACUUUCAACCGGCAGCCCUUCGACUACAGCGGCCUCCCCCCCGACCCCGCAAACUCCACAACAUGCUCAUCAUCCCCACCGCCAUUCCUCCCAUCACCCUCUGGAAGACCCAGCAAUUUCGACCGCAGACCUAACUCUCCUCGCCAGCGCCACCGCCGCAAUGGCCGGCACCAGCAACGAUCCCUCUUCCUCCAACCAGCCGUCCACCACAAAUGCAAACACUAAGCGCAAACGCGGCCGUCCAAAGGGGAGUAAAAACGGUGGCAAAUCCCUCGAGGCAGGGAGGACCACCACUGUUAGCGGGAAUAGCGGAAUGCUGCAGCAGCAACCGCAGCAACAGCCCCAACCACAGCAGAAGAAGGUUGAACGAGCCGUUAUCUCAGAGGUUCCUGAAGAGAUCGAAGUCGCUGACGAGGAUGAUGAUGAAGAAGAAGUAGAGGAGGAGGACGAGGAGGACGAGGAGGACGAGGACGAAGAUGAUGAGGAAGAAGAAGAAGAGGAAGAGGAAGACGCAGUCGGCGAAGACGACGUCGACGUCGAUGCCAACAACACCGCCGGUAAUGCCACCACCACUAGUACUGCAGUCCCAACCACCGGAUCCAAUACCGCU